AUGUGGCAUGGUCAACAGUGGUCCUUGCGUCGAUUUCCCCAGCAAAUCCACCGAGACGUGGGCGCACAGUGGGUAGUAAAUGGUGAUGAUGACGACAACGACCGAGUCGGUGCUUUUGUGAAAAGCGGCGGAGGCCUCAGCGACGGCGGAGGCAUCUUUAUGGGUCGUAACGGAUUUACAGGCGGACCGAUACCGAUGGCCAUUCAGCACGGCGGAUGUUAUCAACCGGCGUGUGCCCAUGACGGCCGGGUGCCACACCCAACUGUUCAGCGUCUCUUAAUGGGUCUUGAUGUGAUUGGUCAUCGUCGUGCGUCGUUUUACGCCCACCUCGUACGACCCGACGCCUCAAAAGCGUUUUCGUUUACGGCACCGGCGUAA